UCAAACACACAGAGGAGAUUUGUUCUGCUUUUAGUGGGGAUAAUUCACAUUAGCAUGACUUGCCAGGGGGCCAAAUAGGGGUGGGCUUUGGUAAGAGGAACAGGAAGAGAGGAGUCGACAGAGUGAAGGUGGAAAGAGCAGACACACAGGGCGAGAGCUUGUCACGUCGGCGUGUGAAACGCUUCAUACUCUCUUCUUCAAACAGACUUUGGCACGGCUCAGGUCAACAAUGCUGUGCUCUGUCUGUUGUGACUUCAAGAGAUGAUGCUUUGAACGGACACAUUUUUCAAAAAACAGCGUUUGACAGGGAGAUUAAAAGACUUCACCGUGACCAAAGCUGAAAUGGCCGAAGAGGGGCUGCCGUGUCCGCUCGUCAUCACCGAAGAAGGAGACAUAACUGAGGGUGUCGCUGGAAAAGGCGCUGAAAUCGCUCCGGGCUCCAGUGCAGAGUUGGCUCUGAGAGAGGAAGAGGAGCACACGGGAGAGGACAAGAAUGAAGAAGUCGUAGUGAGCAAAAUGUGUUUAGAAGAGCAGAGCUCGGGGAAACUGCACAGCAACACAGAGGCUGACCAGACAGGAGGGGAGGGAGAGGUCAAACGGGAAGAAACUGAGAACAUGAAUAAUGGACUGAGAAGGGAAGCGAAAUCAGCCGAAGUGAUGAGGAUUCAUGACAAAUCCGAGAAACCUGGUGUGACGGAGGAAGGAGAUAAACCAAAUGACCCUGAACUGGACUUCAAGAGGUCAAACGUGUCCAAGCAACAACCCAAAGGGACACGGAGCCGAGACGAGGAUUCAAAAGAGGCUCACCUGUUAACUCCUGACUUCCCUGAUUCCCUGUACGAGCUGCUCUGCACCCUUCAGGAGGGGCGGCGGCUCAAUGACCAGCGCUGCUCCUUCAUGCUGGAGGGUGGGCUCGGGCGGCGGAGGUGCCACUCGGUGCCCAGCACAACCAAACCAGCCCACAGAGUCGUCUUUUCGUCCAUGACUUCCCUGCAGACAGAGGAGUUUUUCGAGCAGGUGGCCACCGCUCAAGCCCGCCGCCUCGAUGACCAGAGGGCGCAGCUGGAAAGGUCGCGGCCGCCAAAACCAAAAGCCAGGACUUUCAGAGGCAGCAUAAAGCAACUGUCUUUUGCGAGAAAGCCCGCGCCAGUUCCUGUGCCCAAAGAGGAUCUGUAUAAUAUGAUUCUCACCACCCAAAACCAGGGCAGACUGGAGGACCAGCGCAGCAGAGCUCCAGGUCCCAUGGACGAUGAGGACUUCUUCUCCUUGCUCCUGAGGGUCCAGGGUGGACGCAUGGAAGAGCAGAGGACUGAACUACCGCUCAUGCUGGAAACCUGA